UCGAGUUGUAACCAAGUGCUUUGCCCACAACUGUUCCGUUCUCUGCUCCAACAUUUAUAUCAAAGUAUCACCGGAGUUUUCUUUGUGCGCAGGAUAUACCAACAAUUGUGUAUCUUCAAAUCCAUACUAAUUGAAAUUAAACCAAACGUGUGUGUGGUCCGAAAUUUGAAUCGAGUAAAAUUUAAUUAAAAAUCUGCUAAAAAGCGUCGAGGAUUUUCACAGGCGAAUCCGAAUUUCUGAGCGCAGGAACACAAAGCAAUAAAAACAGCACUUAAACGUUAAUUUGCGAGUUUCCUGUCGGAGCUAAAUAAAUACACUUUUAACGAAAUGAGGGAAAUCGUGCACUUGCAAGCCGGUCAAUGUGGCAAUCAAAUCGGUGCUAAGUUUUGGGAGAUCAUCUCAGAGGAACAUGGAAUCGACAGCAAUGGAAUUUACAAUGGCGACAGCGAUUUACAAUUGGAGCGGGUCAGCGUUUAUUACAAUGAAGCUUCAGCUGUGACGCGUUCCUCUGGCGGAAAAUAUGUGCCCCGUGCCAUUCUUCUCGAUCUUGAACCAGGUACCAUGGAAUCGGUGCGAUCCGGCCCCUAUGGGCAACUUUUUCGUCCAGACAACUUCGUAUUCGGUCAGUCGGGAGCCGGUAAUAAUUGGGCCAAAGGUCAUUACACCGAAGGUGCGGAACUGGUGGAUAAUGUGUUGGAUGUAGUGCGUAAAGAAUGCGAGAACUGUGACUGCUUGCAGGGCUUUCAAUUAACUCACUCAUUGGGUGGAGGCACUGGCUCUGGUAUGGGCACAUUACUCAUUUCAAAAAUACGUGAAGAGUAUCCGGAUCGUAUAAUGAAUACCUACUCGGUAGUACCUUCACCCAAGGUAUCCGACACUGUUGUUGAGCCAUAUAAUGCCACUCUCUCCAUACAUCAGUUGGUGGAAAAUACUGAUGAGACCUAUUGCAUUGACAACGAGGCACUCUAUGACAUUUGUUUCCGUACAUUAAAGGUAUCCAAUCCAAGUUAUGGCGAUCUCAAUCAUCUCGUAUCGCUGACUAUGUCUGGUGUGACCACAUGCUUACGCUUCCCUGGUCAAUUGAAUGCUGAUCUUCGCAAGCUAGCUGUGAACAUGGUACCCUUUCCACGUCUGCAUUUCUUUAUGCCCGGUUUUGCGCCACUCACUUCGCGAGGUUCUCAACAAUAUCGUGCUCUGACCGUACCCGAGUUGACACAACAAAUGUUUGACGCCAAAAACAUGAUGGCCGCCUGUGAUCCUCGACAUGGCCGAUAUUUGACUGUCGCUGCCGUUUUCCGUGGCCGUAUGUCCAUGAAGGAGGUCGACGAACAAAUGUUAGCGGUGCAAAAUAAGAAUAGCUCCUACUUUGUUGAAUGGAUACCGAAUAAUGUAAAGACGGCGGUAUGUGACAUCCCACCCAAGGGAUUGAAGAUGUCCUCAACCUUUAUUGGUAAUACAACCGCCAUACAAGAGCUAUUCAAGCGUAUUUCAGAACAAUUUUCGGCAAUGUUCAGGCGUAAAGCUUUCUUGCAUUGGUACACAGGCGAGGGUAUGGAUGAGAUGGAGUUUACCGAAGCGGAGAGUAAUAUGAAUGAUUUGGUGUCCGAGUACCAACAAUACCAGGAGGCCACCGCUGACGAUGAAUUCGAUCAGGAUGUGAAUCAGGAGGAGGUAGAGGGCGAUUGUAUUUAAUGUUGACACCAGAGGAAUGAGGAGCGUGCGGAGUGCGGCGGGAAAGAGGGGAAUAACAGCAUUAACUUUACGAGAACGUCUAUGGCUAUCGGGAAUGCAUUUCGAUUGGCGAGAGAGAUAUGAUAGCUGCGAAAUUCUUUAAGACACUGAAUUAUGAAGAAUUAAAAAUUUUGCACACUUUUCCGCUGUAUACAUGUUCAAAACUGGAAAAGUUAAAACUACAAGACAAAGAGUUAAAAUCAAGUUUAAAUUAGUAUUUCGCACAUAAAAACAAUGUUCCAUUUUCAAUUUAGUUUAUUAUGUAGCGCGUAUGUACGUGAAAUUUUCGACACCAACCUACGCAGGCAUAUGUAUAUGUAUGUCUUAAUUAGAAAGAACUUAUUAGUAACUUAUAUUCGACCAUGUUAAUUAACAAAUCUAGGGCACGUCUAUCGCAUUUCUCUGCUGGUGGUUUGGAACUCUUCAUGAAAUCAUCAAUAUAGUGGUUACAAUUCAAAUACUCGUAAUCUUUCUACCCAAAAUACUAUUUAUUUUUUAUAGUCAGUAUACUAUUAUAUACAUAAUUCUACACACCAUUUCAAGCAUUUCAUUCAUUUGCCAUCUUCAGUCUGUUUGUACAUCGAUUUUAACACAUCAUAUUUUUCUAAACAAAAUCUCAUAUGGAUUUAGAAUUUUUAGUACUAACAAACGGCAAAUAAAAAGUCAUCUUACUAUAGUAUGGAAUUUCCUUAAGGGGUCCCGUUUUAAUUAUUCUAUAUUUUCUUAAGGUCAAGUUUACGUAGACUAAAAUAUGCAUAAUUACUCAAUUUUUAUUCCUUGCGAAAUAUAAAUUCAUGUAUCGAAAAAAUUUCCGUCGAUGAAUUCAAAUCGUCACCUGAAAUUCAAAAUAACGUAUCAUCAAAAAAUUCGAAAUUGAGUGUCUUAUUGAUUAUGAUUAACUACUUCAAAUUA